GAGAGAGGAGUGUAGUUGUGUUGUGUACAUGCCCUGCUUUGUACCACUCCCUCUAAUCUCUCCAGCCCUCUGUCUGUGUUGUUUUUCCUCAGAGUUAGCCCAUGCGAGCAGCGUGUGGACUGAGUGCAGCUGUUUCGUUCAGAGCAGAGCCCAACAUGUGAGAAGAUGUCUGUUGGAGGUUGUGCUUGUCCCGGCUGUUCGUCAAAGUCAUUCAAGCUGUACUCUCCUAAGGAACCCCCCAACGGCGGCAGCUUUCCCCCCUUCCAUCCAGGCGCUAUGCUGGACAGAGAUGUUGGGCCUACACCCAUGUACCCCCCAUCAUACAUGGAGCCUGGAAUGGGGAGACCCACACCGUAUGGGAACCAGACAGAUUACCGGAUAUAUGAGCUGAACAAAAGGCUACAGAAUUGGACAGAGGAUUGUGACAAUCUCUGGUGGGAUGCCUUCACCACAGAGUUCUUUGAGGAUGACGCCAUGCUCACCAUCACAUUCUGUCUGGAAGAUGGACCAAAACGAUACACAAUCGGCAGGACGUUGAUUCCGCGAUACUUUCGAAGUAUUUUUGAGGGGGGCGCCACGGAGUUGUUCUAUGUGUUGAAACACCCAAAGGAGUCCUUCCACAGUAACUUUGUGUCUCUCGACUGUGACCAGUGCACCAUGGUGACCCAGAACGGCAAACCUAUGUUCACACAGGUGUGUGUGGAGGGCCGCCUGUACCUAGAGUUCAUGUUUGAUGACAUGAUGAGGAUCAAGACGUGGCACUUCAGCAUCAGACAACACCGAGAGGUCCUACCAAGGAGCAUUUUGGCUAUGCAUGAUCCCCAAAUGCUCGAUCAGCUGGCUAAAAAUAUCACCAGAUGUGGGCUAUCCAACUCCACGCUCAACUACCUCCGUCUAUGUGUGAUAUUGGAGCCCAUGCAAGAGUUGAUGUCAAGGCAUAAGACGUAUAGCUUGAGCCCCAGAGACUGCCUGAAGACCUGCCUCUUCCAAAAGUGGCAAAGAAUGGUAGCACCUCCAGCUGAGCCAGCCAGACAAGCUCCAAACAAGCGGCGGAAAAGGAAGGUGUCCGGUGGAAGCACCGUGAGCUCUGGCGGUGGCAGCAAUAACAACAGCAACAGCAAAAAGAAGAGUCCAGCCAACAGCUUUUCACUCUCCAGCCAGGUACCUGACCUGGUUGGAACAAAAACCUGUACAGUGCCGGAGCUUGAGGACCGGAGUUGAGAACCACUACGCUAAAUCUUAAACACACACACACACACAUCCAGACCAGUACACACACACACACACACACACACACACACACACUCUUACAUAUAUACACAUCCUCACAUUCAAAUACUCACUCACUCACCUACACCUACAGCAUAAAACAUUGAGGUACUGGAGAGAGGUGGUACGCAGCAUGUCUGGACCAGAGCACCAGAUGCUACAGAAGUGUUUUCAUUUUCUAUGUUUUAGACCUGUUUUGAAUUGUUUUUAUUUUUGUAAACAAUUUCUAAAAACUAAACAGACAAGCAAGCAAACAAAAACACCCCAGACUAUUCUUUGCACUGUUUUCCACUAUUAACUCCCAAUCUAUUUUUCUUAUGAAUUGACAGUGUAUUUUUUUUUCUAUUAUUGCUAAUGUAAGAAUUGUAAAACAUCUGAAACCUGCAGUAUAUUAAUGUAUACGUAUUGCUGUUAGAUCAUUCUUAUUGUGAUGGUAAUAACUUCCAUGUAAGUCUGUGCUUAAUAUAAUGUCACCUAUCUGUGUCAGCCAUCACACUGUCAUCAGGUCCAUUGGCUUCAGUGCUAGAAGGGAGAACUAGGCUAGUGUUUUAAUACUGUACUCCCAUCUUGUUUGAUGUGAGUCCAAAGCAGCACACUGGAAGCAUUUUCCCCACUAACAUCCAGCGCCUGGUUUGGAUCUGUUGACUUGUUAUUGCAGAACUGUUUGCUUUGUCUUGAAUCUCUAUCUGGGGGUCCUCUCUUCAGAGAACAUAACAGAAAACUUCUCAAAUUUGCUACUCAAAAAUAUUUUAAAAACAAGUUUUGACAGGAUUGUAAAAUAAGAAGAAAAAAAGACUUUUGUAUUAACUUAAGUUUCCCAGAAAUGUUUUUAAUCAAGAUUAAGAAAGCUGCAGACCAAGGAGCUACAUGUAAAGAUUCUUUAGAUAUUGAUUACACUGUGCUGUUUUAUGUUUUAUGACGAAUCAUUUUGUUGGCUUUACUCAUGUUUGUGUCUGUGCUUGUAUAUUUUUAGGUAGUCAUUUCUGUAAAAGUUAUUCAACGUAUCCCUCCCUAGAAUUAUGAGAAACUUAAUCUAAUGUAAAGAGAUGAAAAGCCCUCUUAAGUCUUUUUAAAUGUGAUAUUUUUAACAGUACAAUCACUGAUAAAAGAAUUUUGCCCUCAUUUUAGCAAACUGUAUUUAUUUUUAUAUGUACUGACAUUUCUGUUUAGGUCCAACCCACCUGUAUUAUACUCAUGAUGAUAUAUGGAGGAGUUAUUGGGGCUUCUGAGUCAGUUAAUGCUAAUACAGGUCAUUCCAUACUUGUGUUUUUUGACAUGGCACUCCCAGGUCAUUCUGGCCAGUUUAUCACUAUGGUCAAGUAUGUUGUCAUAUAAGAGAUGGCCAUUUUCUGCUCUUGGAGGUACCUGGUCUAUCUGAAAACCUAUCGGAUGCACUAAAAAACAAUAAAUAAUCAGAGAAAAGUCAUCCUUUUUUAUUUUUGUAAAGUUGCUCUAUUUUACGGCGAGUCAUCCUCUGAUUCUGGGAAUGUUCCACAAUGGAGCAACUUUUAGUGCAUUUUGAUCAAAUUUACCUAAACCUUCAAUGAUUUUUGUGGUUUUUGUCUUGAAAUGUAUGUGAUGGAUGUUUUUUCAGAUACAUUUCAAAUCUGUACCUGGAAAGUGGAUAUUUCAUUAAUGGUAAUAUGCUGCUGACCAUUGACAUUAAAUCUUGUCGUAGGGGGAAAAAAAGACUCACUGGGCUUGACCUUUUAGCUGCUGUGUCAGGGUUUUCUGUUUACGUACAUAUGAUGUAAAGUGUUGCCUAACUAGUGGGCUUCAGCAUCACCCAACAGCUGAUAGCUAUUUUUAAAGUAAUGUGCAGACUCGCCCAGUAGGGGUCUCCCAGAGCACCAGGACAGACUGAGCAGCCUGUCAGAAAUUCUCCGUUAUUAUAUCUGCGGGAUAUGCCAUCUGUAAAACCACACAGAGUCUUUAGCACCACUAGUCUACUUUUGUGGUCUAUCUACUAAGCAGGCUGACAGAAUUGAAUCUAAGGGGAACUUUUCAUCACCCUGUGUUUCCCAAGUUGACAUAAUUUAGGGAAUAAGGGUUUGUGAUAUGUGAGAUGGAGCUGAAAUGGCCAUUCACCCAUAGCUGGCUCCUGUAGCACCUCACCAUACGGGUGCUUUUAUAUCUAUAUAUUUUUUGCCAGUUUUCUGUCAUUGAUAAUUCAUGUAUGGCAUCAAUAAAUUGAAUUUUCACUGAAAA